GAGAAAGAAGCGCGGACAGAGUGUAUCAUCCCCGUACAGUAACGUUAGUUUGUAGAAGAGGACUUCUCCAGUCUCUGCCAGAGACAUCUGAUAUGCCAGUGCUCACUGGACACCAUGGGGCCCUUUCACACUUUAGGCAUCACAGGACUCCAGCACACUAUUAACAUGGACGGGAGAGACGAAUUCACCGAAGACAGUGAAUGCUGCAGCAACAACUCCCAGGAAGUACACGAGCAGGAUAGCAUCUCAGAAGACAGCGAUAGUGACCUUGACAACCACGGUGAAGACUCGUCCUCCAACACCUCGGCUGACGACCACAUGUCCACCAAGAGAACGCAGUGCCGCCUUCAAGGAGCGGGAGUCAAAGAGGAGAGCGAGGAAGGGGCAGACAACUGCAUGAACUUUGUUUGUCCGCUCUGCACGCUGGACUUCAGCAGCCCUGAGAAGCUCAUCUCCCAUGUCUACCAGCACACGACGAUGAUGAGCAACAGUAAGAGCUAUGUGUGCCCGGUGUGUGGGCGAGCCCUGAGUUCGCCUGGCUCGCUCGGGCGGCAUCUUCUCAUCCACUCCGAGGACCGCCUCUCCAACUGCGCUGUCUGCGGUGCGCGCUUCACAGACACCAACAACUUUGACAGGGAGAAGCUUAAAGAUGUCAUUGACACAACCAGGAUGGAUCUCAUGGACGGACGGGAUUCCAUGUCCCUCUCCAGCAGCCCCAUGAACAGCCCCAGCCACGUACCAGGGCCCAGCCCCAGUUCAUGUCAGGGCCCCCUACCCUGUCAGGCUCCGGACCCCAACAUGUGUCAAGCCCAUCGGACCUGCCAGGGACCAGGCCACAUCCCCAGCCAGUGCCACGGAUCCAGACAGUGUCAGGGCCCGGGAUCAUGCUCUGACCAAGGACCCUCCUUUCCCUCGCUGUCCGACAGCCUCCUCUCUGAAGGGCCGUCACUGGCAUCCAUCCCCGAUGCUCUUAACUCCUCACCCUCAGGCUUUCCUCCCAUCUCCGACAUCCUGAGCCCCAUGCCGGUGUAUCCUGCCGGAGUGCUGCUGGUGUGCAACAGCUGCAUAGCCUACCAGCAGCUGGUGGAGGCUCAGUCGCCAAUGCGAAAGUGGGCUCUGCGUAGGAAGAACGAACCUGUGGAGGCCCGCAUGCAGCGACUGGAGCGCGAGCGCACAGCAAAGAAGAACAAGCGGGCGUGCGAGACGGAGGACGAGAGGGAAGUAAGGAGGCUGCGGGACCGCGAGGCCAAGCGCAUGCAGAGGAUGCAGGAGUCUGAGGAGCAGCGGUCGCGCAGGCUGCAGAGAGACAGGGAGGCCAUGCGUAUGAAACGGGCCAACGAGACGCCGGAGAAGAGGCAGGCCAGGCUGAUCCGAGAGAGGGAGGCCAAGAUCAAGCGACGGCUGGAGAAGAUCGACCCCGCCCUGAGGACACAGAUAGAGCACGAUCCCGCGGCAAUGGCUGCCCUCACAGCUGACAUGAGUCUAUUCCAGUUCCCCUGCCCUAUGCCGGUCCCUUCCAUGGAUAACGGACUGUUCAUGAAGCUGCCCUAAUGGCGGGAAAACAUCGGGCCACUAGCAGCGACAUUAACUCUGCACUCUGCCAUCAGGCCGUCGUGGUCACAGUGAACCAUUCCUCGCUGGUUUACUUCCAGCUACUUCUGUGUCGCACAGACUAACUGCUCUGUAAAAUACAGCAAAAACGAUUUCCAUUUCUAAUUUAUUACAGUAUAGAAACCCUUGGGAACAGGGUUGAGAAUGUUUCAUAUGGUAUGGAUGAGAGCAUGCUGUAAAGAGAUUUAUCUGUUGGUCAGUGGGCUGGCAGAUUUGAAAACAGUUCAUUAUAGUAGGAGCAGUCAUACUUCCUUUGAUGGGGAAAAAAAAGAGUCUUUUUGCACAUGGACCUUCAGUAACAGGAGUGGGGACUUUGUAGCCGCAGCCCCCCACCCCCCACCCCCACCCCACCUUCGUACUCCGCCAGCCCAGUGACUCGGGUUUACCGGUAGCUACACCUCUCUCUCUCUAAGCUGCCGCCCUGGGAAAUUCACAUUCAGUCAAACUCUUCUACCUCAGCUGUCUCGUGGCUUACUGCGCUCCACCUCCAAGCUUCCAAAGCUCUUCAUGUACUGUACAGAGGAUUUCCCACAGCUAGUGUUUGCGUUGAUCACUCGGGCACUUCAAUAGGACACAGACAUUCACUGGAGCAGCUGAUUUAAAAUCACAGCAGUUCCACAUGUCUUUACCAGUUUGAUAAAAGUGUGUGUUCACAGGAAAUGGAUGUUUUGUCCUAAUGAACACGCCGAGUGUGGAGCAUCAUUCCCCCUCUCCUCCUGAGUUGUAAAACUUGUAAAACUUCCCUACGUCGUGACACUCCACAUAUUAUGCCAAUGUCAUUUUUUUUUACCUUUUCUGUUACAAAGCUUUUCCGAGGCUCAUAAAACUUCCGUCUGUGCUGCUGUUAUUGUACUGUACAAUACAUUAGUUACCUCUUAUAUAUUUUCACAUAAGGAAUAAUGUGCUAAAAUGUUCCAUUUAGUGUUCACAAUGAAACAGGUCAUAAAAUGAUACUUUACUUGAAUUCUGCCCACAAAGACACAUUGGUUUUCCUCAUGAGGAGUUAAUAACAACAUCAAAUGUGUAAUUAUUUAGAGGACAAAUAUAGCAUCCUCUGCAUGCGAUGUGUGUAGCAUUCAGAUGCUGCCGUACCUCCAGUGUGUGUGAGCUGUACCACUUAAAUUGGGGUUAUUUUAUAUCCUCCAUCAGCUAAAUUGAUGGAAGCUAUUUAUUUAUCCAUAUAUGGAACUGAUUUUAAACUUGUGUACCUGUUUUAUAUUUUAAUCCCGACCGUUACUGAGCACUGGGGCUAAUCUCAUGAUUAGGGAGAGAUCUUUAUUAAUUCAUUAACCUCAUUCCAGCACAUAUUUAUGCAAUAUGAUGUGAAUAUAUUUUUAUUGUGAAAUGUUUUUGGGUUAUUUUGUUACCGUCAGUGGUAUAAAAUGUUUUAAUUAGAGGCCAUGUCUGGAUAUUACUUGUUUAAUUUCCUGCCUGUAAGGUUACCUCCAGUUUUUCUUAACCUCACCAGAUGCAAACAUUUGCAGUGUCAAUAAGCAUUUUCUGAAAUAUUCUCCAAAGAAUAUCAGAGACACGGUUCUGUUUGAGUCACUCCUAGAUGCGAGUCCAUCUACCUGGCUGUCUGUCACAGCAAAUGGGAUAAAGAAAAUACGGGGUAUUCUUUCGUUUCAUCCUCAGUGGCUUUUCUAGGAGUGCAUCAAACCUCUAUGCAACAGAUGUGUUAUUUAUUCCAAGGGAGUUUAAUUCACUUUUCACUGAAACUAUGCAGAGUGCGACUUCAAACGGACUUCAAUGUUAAGAGUUGAGCUUCUCAGGCAAUUGAACUCAGUGAGAGGGCUCUGAACCUCGAGAUUACACCCUGGUCCAUAAGAAUCAUUUAUAGAUCUAUCUUACAAUGUGAUAGCAAGUUUUUGGCAGGUUUGUGACUUUUCUAGAGACACUUUUGUCUUUGGAUUUGUGUUUUCUCUUCCCAGUCCAGCACAUGAAAGCAACAGGGUCUCACUGCCAUCCGAUUCAUGACAUACCGAGGGCGGACAGAGGCUUCAGGUGUCAUUUAUUUCUCUCUUCUCUCACACUAUGAAUACUGGGUAUUCUCAGAGGUUGCUCUUUCAAAUUGCUGUAAGCCCCUUUGUCCUACAUUGGACGGGGGCGACAGAAAACUGUGGCGCCUGUGGUCUGACAUAAUAUUGCAGAGGAAGCUCUGAAGUGGUGCUGGUAUUUUACGAGCAGCCCUCUCAGUAUGGAUUAGGUAAGCACUGCAUGUCGUUAAACUGCACUUGUCCUAGAAUGGUUCGAUAUGAGCUUGUGUUCUACUGUUAGUUUUUGCCUGCCUGUUUUUUACAGUUUAAUCAAAAGAAAAAUGUUGUCAAAAAAAAUAUAAAAAAUGUUGGCCUUUCUAUAUUAAUUCUAUCAGGAUUUCCUCUCAAUGUCCAUGUUUACAAAACAAAUGUCUGAACAAAGGCCAAAUGAAUGAGCUGAAGUGCUAACGAGAACAUUCAUGCUUGCUGCGAUAUCAAUGCAUUCUGACCGGAUGGCAUGCCAUCCUCUGUUACUGGAUUAACAGAUGUACAGAUUGUAAUGAAACCUGGUAAAGAAUGUGGAAAUAAAAUUAACUUUACUACAA